AAUAAGCUAUUAUAAACCCGUGAAUUCAUGUUACAUUUCCGGGUGUUCUGCAUACGAAAAAUCUUAAACUACAUAGGUAUAUGGUAUAUCCUAUAGGCGAGUAACACUCCAAAAGUCGCUUACGGUGACAGUGCCGGUACCGGUGCCCAACUCAUACGCAAGUUCAAUUCCUUUAGAACCACUAGAACCUCUCAUAAGUCGUACUCAAAUUCGUCACUCACACGCUAAUUCCAAAGCUCGAAUUGCAGAAGCUCGUUCCAGGUUCUUGUUUUGUUCCUUAGAUGAAUCUACUUGUUUUGUUGCGGAUUUUGGUGUGGAGUUGCGAUUUUUAAAGUCUACUUCAUGUAAUUAUUCAUGCGAUUGGUUUUAUGCGGUUGUUAUUGUUUGUUUUAUGAAUUCAACUUAUUUUUUCUUUAUCUCAUAUAUGUUAUUUCAUGUUUUUAGGGAUGGAUAAUUUACUUGUUAUAAACUUAUGAUUCCAAUGAAUUUCUGAUCAAUUUUUCAAGUGUUGUGGCUGGAAAUCAGGAAUGAAUGACCUGUCAUCCUCGGGCCCAGGGCGGCCGCCCCUCCUGUCCUGGCUUAGGGACGGGCCUGCCCUUCAACCUUAUUUUAAAGUUACCUGGAUUUCUUCAGGAUUUAAUGGGUUCCACUCUCAUUUUUCACCAAAAACAUUAAGCUUCAUAGACAAUUCUUACUCUUUUAUUAAGAAUUCGAGGCAGAGCUCAACAAAUUGUUGGUAUAGUUUAGGGUUUAAGCUUAAAUGUGCUUCAAAUACAUUGGUUUUACCCUCAAAAACCUCAAAAAUUAUUAAUGGUAGGAAGAAGAAAUACGGGGGCAUCUUACCUUCAGUUUUAAGGUACUUAGAUGCUGAAGAAAAUGUUGAGAAAGCCCUUAAUCUUUAUGUGGGUAAAUUGAAUCCUAAAGAGCAGACUGUGAUUUUGAAAGAGCAGAGAAGUUGGGAGAGAGUAGUGAUGGUUUUUGAUUGGAUGAAGUCACAAAAGGAUUAUGUGCCUAAUAUUAUUCAUUAUAAUGUGGUUUUAAGAACGCUGGGUCGAGCACAGAGGUGGGAUGAAUUGAGGUUGUGUUGGAUUGAAAUGGCAAGAGACGGCGUCUUGCCUAGUAAUAAUACUUAUAGUAUGCUUGUUGAUGUGUAUGGGAAAGCAGGACUUGUGGAAGAAUCGCUAUUGUGGAUUAAGCAUAUGAGGGUACGAGGUAUAUUCCCGGAUGAGGUGACAAUGAGUACGAUUGUCAAGGUGUUGAAAGAUGCUGGAGAAUUUAAUAGGGCUGACAGGUUUUAUAAGGACUGGUGUGGUGGAAAGAUUGAAUUCCAGGGUUUUGAUUUGGAUGAUAUGAAUGAUAUUCAGUCGCAAUCCAAGUUGAAAUCUUCGAGUUUGAAGCACUUUUUGUCAACGGAAUUGUUUAAGAUAGGAGGAAGAAAUUUGCCUUCAAAGAUGGAAGUUAUAGAAACAGAUAAAACUGUUAGAAAGCCUCAACUUACAGCUACCUACAACACUUUGAUCGAUUUGUAUGGCAAGGGUGGUCGUCUGCGUGAUGCAGCUGAUGUGUUCUCUGACAUGUUGAGAUCAGGGGUGGCACCUGAUAAUCAUUCAUCUCUGAUUCACAUUUGUGGAAGUCAUGGGCAUUUGUCAGAGGCUGAAGCGUUGUUUGACAAGAUGGAAGAAAGGGGAAUAUCACCAGAUACUAGAACUUAUAAUACUUUUCUUUCUCUUUAUGCUAAAGCUGGGAAUAUUGAUGCUGCCCUGCAAUGGUACCAGAAGAUUAGAAAGGUUAAUCUUUUCCCAGAUGUGGUAACACAGAGAGCUGUGCUCCAUAUAUUGUGCGAGAGGCAGAUGGUUAAUGAAGCUGAAGCUGUGAUUAGAGACACAGCGAAAUGUAAUAAACAUAUUGAUGAGCAUUCUGUACCAGGUAUUGUAAAGAUGUAUGUGAAUAAGGGACUGCUUAAGCAAGCAAGAAGCUUAUUUGAGAAGUGUCAAGUGGAUGGAGGAUUGUCAUCUAAGACAUAUGCAGCAAUUAUGGAUGUCUAUGCUGAGAAGGGAUUGUGGGCUGAAGCUGAGGACAUCUUUAAUGCAAGAAGGGACUUAAAAGGGGCGAAGAAGGAUGUUUUGGAAUACAAUGUGCUGAUCAAAGCAUUUGGCAAGGCAAAGCUUUAUGAGAAGGCCUUUUCAGUCUUCAAAGGCAUGAGGAAUUUUGGAACUUGGCCAGAUGAGUGCACCUAUAAUUCUCUUAUUCAAAUGUUUGCAGGAGGUGAUUUCUUGGACCAAGCAAAGGAAGCUUUAAUCCAAAUGCAGGAAGCUGGAUUGAAACCCCACAUGCAAACUUUUUCUUCUGUGAUUGCUAGCUAUGUGCGUCUAGGCCUGUUAUCUGAUGCAAUUAUUGCAUUCCAAGAAAUGGUGAAGGAUGGGUUAAAACCGAAUGAAGUUGUUUACGGGGCUCUGAUUAAUGGCUUUGCUGAAGCUGGUAGAACUGAAGAAGCUUUAUACUACUACGGCAUGAUGGUAGAUGAACGGAUUAAUGUAAACCAGAUAGUCUUGACUUCCCUUAUCAAGGCAUAUAGCAAAGGAGGCAACUUAAAGGAGGCUAAAGAGAUGUACGAGUCAUUAAAUCAAUUCGAGGGUGGUCCUGAUGUAGUUGCUUCGAAUAGUAUGAUCAGCCUAUAUGCUGAUCUUGGAAUAGUUUCUGAGGCGAAAGUAAUAUUUGAUAAUUUGCGGCAAAAAGGGCAGGCAGAUGGUAUCACAUUUGCUUCUAUGAUGAACCUGUACAAGAACAUGGGGAUGCUUGAUGAAGCUGCUGAAGUGGCCGAAGAAAUGAAACAGGCUGGUUUACUCACAGAUUGUGCGUCAUUUACUAAAGUAAUGACAUGCUAUGCAACAAAUGGCCAGCUAGCUAACUGCGGCGAAUUGCUGUACGAGAUGAUAACUCGAAAAAUCUUGCCUGAUGCUAGUACCUUUAAGGUAUUAUUUACAGUGCUGAAGAAGGGUGGGAUACCAAGUGAAGCAACUCAGCAGCUAGAAGCAUCUUACCGAGAAGGAAAACUGUAUGCUAGGCAAGCUGUCAUAGCAUCUGUUUUCACAGUCUUGGGGUUGCACAAUUUGGCAAUUGAAUCAUGUGAAGCUUUCAUAGGAGCCGAAUACCUUGGUCCUUUUGCCUAUAAUGCAGCAAUAUAUACGUAUACAGCAUGUGGGCAUACUGACAAGGCUUUGAAUCUUUUUAUGAAGAUGCAAGAUGAGGGGUUUCAACCUGACACCGUUACUUAUAUUUAUCUCGUGAACUGUUAUGGAAAAUCUAAUAUGGUUGAAGGUGUCAAACGGAUUUAUGGUCAACUUAAAUAUAGAGAGAUUGAGAGCAAUGAAUCCCUAGUCAAUGCCAUUGUAAGUGCUUAUAAAAAUGCCAACAGGCCUGAUCUUGCCGAACUGGUAAGUCAAGAGAUAAAAUUUGGUUUUGACAUGAAUCAAUAUUCUGAUUCUGAAGUCGAACUGGAUUUUGGGGAUGAAAUCUGAAGUCUUUAUUACUUGGAACAUUGUAUGAGGUCAUUGCUUCCCUUGUAUUUCAUACGCAUAUAGUCUGUGGAUGUAUUUCGGAGCAUUAUCUUUUAGAUUUUGCGAAACAUGUGCAUCACAAAUAUGGCCCCGUCCCCUCCUCCCCCUCUUUUUCCCCUCAACUUUCUGAAAAUUGUGUAUAUCACUUCUAAGUAAAUGUUUAUUAGUUGUGUUAUGUAACCAUUUCUUCUUGGUAGUCGUAGUGUUGUUAUAGCGUAGUAAUCAUGGCUUUCAUGGAGAAUCUGAGUUUGUUUGUGAACGAAACGUUCAUCACUUUGAUUAAUAUGAUGUGCUGAUUGGUACA